GCACUGCUGACUGUAACGUGCUGCCGGCUCCCAGGAUGGAGGAGUGAAGUCUCGCGUCGCCGCGGUUCCAGCCCCCGGAGCCCGCCCGCAGCCGCCGAGUCCUCGAGAGCGCCCUGAGGGAGCAGGGUGGCCACCUGGUCCAGGAAUGUUUACCCUUGCAGAAGUUGCUUCACUUAAUGACAUUCAGCCAACUUACCGAAUCCUGAAACCAUGGUGGGACGUGUUUAUGGAUUACCUGGCGGUUGUUAUGCUGAUGGUAGCCAUCUUUGCAGGGACCAUGCAACUUACCAAAGAUCAGGUGGUCUGUUUGCCAGUGUUGCCAUCACCUGCAAAUUCAAAGGCACACACACCACCCGGAAACACUGAAGUUACCACCGAAGUCCCGAAGAUGGAAACAGCCACGCAUCAAGACCAAAACGGGCAGACAACAAAUGACAUUUCCUUUGGCACAUCUGCUGUGACGCCUGACAUACCUCUCCAAGCCACCCAUCCUCACUCAGAGUCCACCUUCCCAAAUCAGGAGGCCAAGAAGGAGAAGAGAGACCCAACGGGCCGAAAAACCAACUUGGAUUUUCAGCAGUAUGUGUUUAUCAAUCAAAUGUGUUACCAUCUGGCCCUUCCUUGGUAUUCCAAGUACUUUCCAUACCUUGCUCUUAUACACACCAUCAUCCUUAUGGUCAGUAGCAACUUUUGGUUCAAAUAUCCUAAAACGUGCUCCAAGGUUGAGCAUUUUGUUUCAAUAUUAGGGAAGUGUUUUGAGUCUCCCUGGACUACUAAAGCAUUGUCCGAGACGGCCUGUGAAGACUCUGAGGAAAACAAACAGAGGAUAACAGGUGCCCAGACCCUACCAAAGCACGUGUCCACCAGCAGUGACGAGGGGAGCCCCAGCGCCAGCACCCCCAUGAUCAACAAAACUGGCUUCAAGUUCUCAGCGGAGAAACCAGUGAUCGAAGUUCCUAGCAUGACGAUCCUGGACAAGAAGGACGGGGAACAGGCCAAAGCCCUGUUUGAGAAAGUGAGGAAAUUCCGUGCCCAUGUGGAAGACAGUGACUUGAUCUACAAGCUCUAUGUGGUCCAAACCCUUAUCAAAACUGCCAAGUUCAUUUUUAUCCUUUGCUACACCGCGAACUUUGUCAACGCCAUCAGCUUCGAGCAUGUCUGCAAGCCAAAAGUCGAGCACCUGACGGGGUACGAGGUGUUCGAGUGCACACACAAUAUGGCCUACAUGCUGAAGAAGCUUCUCAUCAGCUAUAUAUCCAUCAUCUGUGUCUACGGCUUCAUCUGCCUCUACACUCUCUUCUGGUUAUUCAGGAUCCCUCUGAAGGAAUACUCUUUUGAAAAAGUCCGGGAAGAGAGCAGCUUCAGCGACAUCCCGGACGUCAAGAACGACUUUGCGUUCCUUCUGCACAUGGUCGACCAGUACGACCAGCUGUACUCCAAGCGUUUUGGUGUGUUCCUAUCAGAGGUCAGCGAAAACAAACUGAGGGAAAUUAGUUUGAACCACGAGUGGACUUUUGAGAAACUCAGGCAGCAUGUGUCCCGCAACGCCCAGGACAAGCAGGAACUACACCUGUUCAUGCUGUCGGGAGUGCCCGAUGCUGUCUUCGACCUCACAGACCUGGAUGUGCUAAAACUCGAACUGAUUCCAGAAGCAAAAAUUCCCGCCAAGAUCUCUCAGAUGACUAACCUUCAGGAGCUCCACCUCUGCCACUGCCCCGCCAAGGUCGAACAGACUGCUUUUAGCUUCCUGCGCGAUCACUUGAGAUGCCUUCACGUGAAGUUCACUGAUGUGGCUGAGAUUCCCGCCUGGGUGUAUUUGCUCAAAAACCUUCGGGAGUUGUACUUAAUAGGCAAUUUGAACUCAGAAAACAAUAAGAUGAUUGGACUUGAAUCCCUGCGGGAGCUACGGCACCUUAAGAUCCUCCACGUGAAAAGCAACCUGACCAAAGUCCCCUCAAACAUCACGGAUGUGGCCCCGCACCUCACGAAGCUCGUCAUCCACAACGACGGCACCAAGCUCCUGGUCCUCAACAGCCUGAAGAAGAUGAUGAACGUGGCAGAGCUGGAGCUGCAGAACUGCGAGCUGGAGAGAAUCCCACAUGCCAUUUUCAGCCUCUCCAACUUACAGGAACUGGACUUAAAAUCAAACAACAUCCGCACCAUCGAGGAGAUCAUCAGCUUCCAGCAUUUGAAGCGACUGACUUGCUUGAAAUUGUGGCACAAUAAGAUUGUGACCAUCCCGCCCUCCAUUACCCACGUCAAGAACUUGGAGUCCCUCUAUUUCUCCAACAACAAGCUCGAGUCCUUGCCGGUGGCCGUGUUUAGUUUACAGAAACUCAGAUGCCUCGACGUCAGCUAUAACAACAUCUCCACGAUCCCCGUAGAGAUAGGCCUGCUCCAGAACCUGCAGCACUUGCACAUCACCGGGAACAAAGUGGACGUCCUGCCAAAACAGUUGUUUAAAUGCGUGAAGUUGAGGACUUUGAACCUGGGGCAGAACUGUGUCUCCUCCCUCCCCGAGAAGAUCGGCCAGCUCUCCCAGCUCACUCAGCUGGAGCUGAAGGGGAACUGCCUGGACCGCCUGCCAGCCCAGCUGGGCCAGUGCCGCAUGCUCAAGAAAAGCGGGCUUGUGGUGGAAGACCAGCUGUUUGACACGCUGCCACUGGAAGUCAGAGAGGCAUUGAAUCAGGACGUCAAUGUCCCCUUUGUAAAUGGGAUUUAAACUAGGCGAACUCGGGCACACCCACGUACAAGGACAACUCCCUGGAUGGCCGGCCGAUGCUCACGCGCAAGUUAUCACCAGAUAAUGCAUUUUAGGAGUAGAUACGCCCUUUAAGCAAAACACGUCGGGGAUGCACAGAGGCUGAGAGCAGACAAAACUGAAUGUUCACCGUCUGUAGUGUUUUAAGUCAGUCAUUUCCAAAUCUUUCCUUUCCUUUUUUUUUUUUUAAUUUUUUUUUCUUCUUCUUCUGGGGAAAGGGAAGGAAAAAUUAUAAUCACUGAUCUCAGUUCUUUUUAAAUUGUAAGGUGGAUGCGGCUGCUGGCUGAAUGUUUACACAUCGCUUGCUAAAGUACAUGAUUAAAUUGACUUUCUUCUUACUACACUGCCUUUUUCGAGGUGUCGUGAUUUACUUUUGCUUAAGUGGUGCGAUACUGCUUAACCUUGGAUCGCUGAAGACACAAGGGGCCAGAAUCACAAAUUUAGGUUUGCUAAAAUAUUGACCUCUUUACUGUUUUAAUUUAAAGCGGGUGAGUCCAGUGCUUCCUGGGGCAUUUGUUCAUGCUGUACCUUUGAGAAUCCCACACCAGACCUUGCUGCCUUGAUGGCCUGUGGGGUGUCAAGGCUAUUUGAUUGUUUCUUAAGAACAAAUUCCAAAAAAUAAAAUAAUACAUCCUUUGGUCGUCACUUUA